UAUUAUCAGUGCAUGACUUUGAACUGACUGCAGCUGAAAUGAGGAAAUUAGUUUUAUCCCUAGCAGUGCUGCAACUGAUAUCCCUCUCCUUGGGUCAUAAUAAUCCCUGGGAGCAGCAGCCCACGCCGAUAAAAAAGGUGCCAGUGCCAGUGCCAGUGCCAGUGCCUGUUCCGGUGCCAGUUCCCGUGCCAGUUCCUGUUUAUCCCAAAGAUGGCGGUGGAGGCGGCGGAGGCAGCGGAAGUGGUGGAGGUGGCGGCGGCGGAAGCGGAAGUGGAGGUGGAGGUGGUGGCGGAGGCGGUGGCGAUGUCGGCGGUACUUGCCCGCGUCCUUCGCCCGAAGCUUUACGGUGCCUUCGGGAAUGGGCCUGUCAGUACGUCAUCCGGCUGGAUCUGCGCUGCCUGCUCACUUUAAAUGGCAACCCAUUGCUGGGCAAUCUCAUUUCCAUACCCGGCAUCACCGGCGGCGGCAGCAGCAGCGGCGGCGGUGGCAUCUUGGGUGGUCUCCUGGGUGGCAAAUAGGACCAGGCGGUGGUGGUGGCGAAAAUGUGCUCACAUUAAACCCAAUAAACUUGCUGCCGCACUGGCGAAAAAAUUGUAUUCCUUCAAAGGAUUUCAAAAGAGGAAACUGCUUCAUAUAAAUUAAAUUUUAAUUUGAAAAUGCUUUCAUUUCUUA